UGUGCGCGUGUGUGUGUGAGAGAGAUACGUUUUUUUCAAUGGAGAGAGAGCUAGCUGGAAUGAAGGGGAGGAACUUAACUUUGCCGUCACUCUAGCGCCGGAAGCAGAAUGCAGAUUGGGGCGGGAUUUCACGAGCCAUCGACUGUCGCUGUUGUUUGCAUUUUGCAGAGCGGAUUUAUCAAUAAAUCUUCCAAAAAAACAGCAAAAACUGUUUUGAAACGAUUGCACAACAGAUAUACACAUACAAGUGUCCGUUUUUCUCAACACUGAGUAAAGCAAUCAAAAGGUCCCGAAGACCGAGAGUAUGGAUGCUGGUGAGGACCAGAACGUAGGUUCUGGCUCGACCAAUGGGAAUGCGCAGACCGGAGGAAACUCCCGCCCACCCCAGAUCGCGCACAUGUCUCUGUACGAGAGACAAGCUGUACAGGCCCUCCAGGCCUUGCAGAGACAGCCCAAUGCAGCUCAGUACUUUCAGCAGCUCAUGCUGCAGCAGCAAAUCAACAGUGCCCAGCUCCACAACCUGGCAGCAGUACAACAGGCCACCCUUGCUGCCAGUCGCCAAUCAAGCUCUCCUAGCAACAGUGGUUCCCAAGCCACCACCACUGUGAACCUAAGCACCACCUCCGCCGGAGGAGUGACCAAUCCCCGCCCUCUUGGACCUGCUACUUCUGCGACGUCAUCGGCUCUCAGCCAAUCAGUGUUGCUGGGCGGGAACUCUGCAGGACAGGGACAAAUGUACCUGAGAGUCAACCGCUCUCUCAGGGCCCCCAUCGCCUCCCAGCUUAUCUUCAUGCCCGGGGGCACGGCAACUGCUGCCGUAGCCACAGUUACCCAGCAACAGCAGCAGCAGCAGCAACAACAGGCGCAGCAAACAGAAGCCCCUCCCACCUCCUCCAGCAUCCAAUCAGACAGCGACCAAGUGCAGAACUUGGCCCUCCACUGUGUUUCCACUCCGAGACUGGCCGCCGUGAAGUCAGAGUUUCCAGACAGAAAAGACACUGUCAACUAUUCUCAGCAGCAACAACAACCACCUCAGAUGCAGCACCAGUUCUCCGGCCCGAACUCGGUCCCGUCGCAUCAGUUCUCGCAGGGCUCGGCACAGACGCAGGUGCAACCUCAGCAACUGCAGCAGAUGGCCGGCAAAAUGGCUGGCUACGCCCACUCCACCGCUAACGUCAAGGCUGGAAACCAUCCCAACAUUGCUCCAGCGGCUUCUCUCCCUCCCUCCUCGCCUACUCUCCCCCUCUCCCAGCUCCUCCUCUCCCCUUCUGGCCUCUGUCAGGCCCGAGCCGUAACCACGGUGAACCCCGCCGCCACGGUGACACACAUACUGGUGCCCACCUCCAACGUCGCUACCUCCACCCAGGGCUACCCCAUCGGCUCUGUGGCUACCAAAACCGGCAACACUCAGACCUUGGUAGUCCAGCCUCUACAGCAAGCCAGCGUAGACAAAGGCCCCGUGCCCAUCCAGCCCAAAACCGCCCAGAGCCACCGUCUCCCUGUCCAGCUGCCACCCCGCCACCCCCCGCCCAUCCUCCCAGCCCCUCCCAACAGCCAGGCCAGCGCUGUGGGUCACCACCCACCACACAUCCCCGUCCAGCUGGUGGGAGCCAGGCAGGGCUCCGCAGGAAACACCCAGGUCGUGGCCCUGGCCCUGGCCCAGGCCCAGGCCCGGAGUGCCUGCACCCAGGAUAGCAACGCCACGGUCACCGCAACCAACACCACCACCAUGACAAAGCCUACUGUUGGUUCUCUGAAGAGGAAGUCAGAAUCUGAUGCCACCAAUGACAUGGCAGUGGAACCCUCGCAGCAAGACUGUCCACCAAUGAGAGACUCGGCUCCUCCUCUCUCCCCUGCCCCAACACAAAACUCUGCUCUGGAGGCAGUGGCAGCCUUCUCGUCCCCGCCCACCCUCUCCUUGUCCCUGCCCUUGUCCAGGGGGCUGGGGGGCCAAGCCGACAGGCCCCCUCUUCCUCAGGCUGUGGUGAAACCUCAGGUCCUCACACACCUCAUCGAGGGCUUUGUCAUCCAGGAGGGAGCGGAGCCCUUCCCCGUGGCGGGGCUGGUGAAGGAGAGGGCAGAGGGGCCGUUCGCCCUGGCCGGGCCUCAGAUGGGGGACAGUGGAGGUCCAGCAGUGAUGAAGUGCGAGUACUGCGAGAGCUUCGCUCCGGCCAGCCAGUUUCGAGGCUCCAAGAGAUUCUGCUCCAAGACUUGUGCUAAGAGGUACAACGUGAGCUGCAGUCAUCACUUCCGCACCAGCAGGGGGCGUGCUAGCGCAGGACCUCCGGGGCCUCCCGCGCCGUCUGAGCCCGUCGUCAGACGCAGGGGUCCUCGCAGGAGCAGCUCAGAGAUCGCCUGCGCCAAAAUAGCCGGCCGGCACCUGCCAGCCAAGUGUCGAUCGGAGUCCAGUCGCUCGGAGGAGGCGUCGAGCUGCGAGGGCGAGGAGGAGGAAGAGGAGGACGACUCGCCAUCCCUCUCCCCCAGCUCCUCCCUCUCCUGCCCGAGGCCCGCCCACUGCGGCCCUCAGUCAGAGAGCUCGGCUCCUCCCGGAGGCCUCCCAUUGGACGAGGAGAACUUCCAUCCCGGGAGCCCCGCCCACUGGAACGUGGAGGAGGUCUGCAGGUUCAUCUCGUCUCUGCAAGGCUGCGAGGAGCUGGCCGCCCAGUUCCUGUCCCAGGAGAUCGACGGCCAGGCCCUGCUGCUUCUCAGAGAGGAGCAUCUGAUCUCCACCAUGAACAUCAAACUGGGACCAGCCCUCAAGAUCUGUGCCUCCAUCCACAACCUCCGAGACUGAAGACUGGAGGAGGAAGGUGGAGGAGGAGGAAGGUGGAGGAGAGGUUGAGGGAAAUGAUGUAGUGAAUGAGCUCUGAAGCAGGGAGUUCAACAGAGGAAGGAAGUUUAAAAGAAAGAGCAUGAGGGAUCACUGGACCUUCAGCAUGUUGUAUUGUUGUUGUUCAGCUGGAAUCGAUGAAAGAUUCUUUCCCCUCGGCAUAAUCCACAUACUGAAGACCCGCAUCCGCAAUAUACAGGACUGAGAUUGGCUGCAGGACGGAGGGACAGGGGUGGGGGGGGGGGGGGGUGGGGGUGGGGCGGUCUGAAGGGAGAGUGUGCUUGCAUGAUGUGCCCCUCACGCAUCAUGAAAAACAAUCAUUAAAAGAGAGGGGGAGGGGCGGGAGCGGGGAACAAAGUAGGAUUUUCUUUGACUUUCCUAGACUAUGAAUGUGCAAAAUGUAUGUAUUUUCUCCUGCUGGUGGUGAUCAUGGACUGUACUUGUAGAGUACAUGGUGUGUGUGUGUCGGUAGGAGGACAAUACUGUGCACGCUAGUGACUGUGCAAAUGCAAAGGACCUGAGAAAAGUUGCCUUUUUACGUUUCAACGGUGCUACGGUAAACUAGUGUUAUGAUUUGGAGUUUCUUCACCAAUGCAGUCCAUCUCAUUGAACACUUUUAUACAAGAUAGAUUCAUUAUAGAUGACUGCUAACCCAGACUCUCACAGAUAUGUCAUUCAAUAACCUGGGUCUUUUACUAUAUAUCUUACCAGAUAUAUCUUACCAGAUACAACUGUUUUUUUUCUACUUAUUUCUUAUUUCAUGGACAUUUAGCAAAUUUAGUAGCUUUUAAGUUACUUCACUAACUUGCAAUAGAUGUUCUCAUGUUAGGCCCCUGAGAGGUCUGAUCAGGAAGUCCUGUCUUCCUGUAUGCAGCGCAAAGGUACCAAUAAACCUGACCUGUUACUGGAAACAAGCCCUCCGCCUCCACGCCUCGUUCACAGCAAACACCACCCGACAGCAAACACCACAGUUAACGGCUCUGUUUGAUCAUGGCAAUUCUGUCUUUAUUCACAUUGUGGUGGUAUGUGCAAACAUGAUGUUUAAUAUUACUUUUAAAUUAACCUUCAUUUCCUUCAUAUCAAACCCCACUUCAGAGUCUCUGGAAUUAGAGAACCUCUAUACAUUUUUAGUUCUAUAUAUUACAUCUUAUAUUAAUACAUUGGCUACAGUUUGUAACCCUCAUGUGGAAUCCUGUGUAUGU